UUCAUUUUUAUGUAUUUAUUGUUUACUUCAGUUUAUUCAGUAAAUACUUUAACACUUAUUAUUUUCUUAACUGCAUUGUUGGUUAAGGGCUUGUAAGUAAGCAUUUCACUGUAAGGUCUACAUCUGUUGUUUUUGGCGUAUAAUAUUUGAUUUUGUUUGAUUUUAUUAAAAGGUGAGCAGGGCGGGUCUGAUCUAGGACCUGUCUAAGGCAAAACGGCCCAGAGCUUAAGACUGAAACCACUUCCCUUGUCUGUGACGAUCUUUAUCAUUAUUCACGUCAUUCUUAUACAAUCAAGUCACAGUUAUCAGCUUUGGUAUUGAUGUCAGUCAGCAGGCUGUCUGAGUGAUGAGACACAUGGGUAGGCCUACCAACGGAAAUUAUUAUGAAACUCUGGACCACAAGAAAUCCAAUGUUUGUAUCAAAUAUCUGCCUUUGCUCAAUACGUCUAAUAAGUCCAUUUAAUACAGGCCAACAUCACAAAAUCAAUUUUACCUGUUUCAUUUAGUCUCAUUAUGAUAUGAAACAUUUAGGCUAUUUCAGAAGAACAGAAUACCAUAUUUUCAUAUCAUAAGACUAUAAUAUUGGAAUGUUGUAAAGUGCUGCCCUACACUGGCUGGUAGGGACACUCAGGUGAAGCCAUUGAAUUCAAUUCAUUACAAGGAAAUAAAGCUUGUCAACCGGUUUUUAAAAUAUGUAUCGUAUAUUUGAGAAAAACCUCCUGUGCUAUGUAUUGUAUCACAACAGCUGUUCACUUUAUGUCAUUCUGAAAAUUAUUUUCUGAGUCAGCUGGUGAUUGUUGAAACUGGGUUCAAGUUCAAUGUCCAAUUUCACAGAUACAUGCGUAUUAUAUUGAUAGGCAAACAACACUGCUUUUAAGACAAGGAACAACACGUGUUUUAUGUCAAACCAUUUUGGGCAUGUAAAAUGUUAUUAGAAUGUAUUGAAAUCUUACAUUCCCAUGAUGCCCAAAAGAUGGUUCUAGUUUUAGGAGGUUAAAGAAGACUAUUUUAGUAUUUUAUUAAGAUUCUCACCAAGACAGGCAGACAAUCCAGACAGACAAACAGUACAUUAGGCUAUAUAUUGCGCAAGAAGAGUAUCAUCUAUUUUAAGAGAUUUAAGAGAAUGAAGGCAAAUGUAUGCUGCUAAUGAACAACAACUACAUUUAAUUGAUAACUUUUGAAACUAUCAUCUUUGAACUGCCGGAUCUGAAUAGGUGGGUUGAAUGGAUAGCUUUGAUAGUCCAGGAAUCGAAUUAUAAGUCGUUCAUAUGCUUAAUAAUCCAAAUAUUCUGCUUAAAAAGAUCUUGCACUGCUACCCUUAUCACUCAUUCGUCUUAGAGGAGGUCAGAACAAGCUGGAACCUGAAUUUAUCCUCUCCAUAAGUGGAAAUAUAUCCUGGUGCAUGAAGGCUACACCUACAGAUGGGAACCUGAAAUGAGUCCUUCUGGAAGUUCACCGAAUAUGAUGUUUUCGAAAGUCGAGGUCGCAUAACCCUCCCUCACUGAUGCGGUUAUCUCCAAGUUAUCUGGAGAACACAACCACAUCCUGGACAAUGCUCAGAUUCGGAUCUGAAAGGGGAUGAUGAAUGGCCUGAAGGAGAGAAGCCUAGAGACCCCGGAAGAAACCGACCAAGUUGUGUACAAUGGUACACAUGGCUUGCCUGCAUCUAUUUGGUUAGAAAAUACAUGAUUUAAAUAAUAUAGGCCGUUUUUAGCCUUCAGACUUUAUAUAACCAUAUGAACAAAUACAAUAAUCAGCCCAUAUGAACAAAUGAAUUUUAGGCCAUAACUGAAAACAGCUUAUGUAGGCUAUAUAGGCUUUACAAUAUUCUGCCCAUAUUAACGAAUGUAUUUACAAUAUUUACAUCCAUACGGAUUUAAUAAAAAGCAGUAAACAUACAUUGUUUCACAUUGUUUAAUAACAGACUCAUGGACACAAUCACGCAAUAGUAAACAUAAAUAACAUUGUUUCACAUAAUAACAGACGAAUAAACACAAUCAUGCUUUCUUCACAGCUUUCCUCCCGCUUCACAGCUUCCCCGGGAAACUCGACGUAUUGUAGCCUCGGGUGGACAAAAUAGUACUGGAGGAAGAAGUUCGCUUCUGCUGCAGUGUUCGUGAUCAAAUAUAACGCGUUGCGACGGUGCUUCGUAAUAUAGGACUGCUCAGGUACUUCGUUCAACCGUCAAGGGAGUGGUGUAGAAUCAACAGCCAGUAUAUAGCGCUCUAGUGACAGACGGGGGACUCGACUUCAAACUGUUACUGUUUUCCCGGGACUCGAAUCUAUUCAGGGUUAUCAAUUGAGUAACGGUAACUCGCUCUUGAACCGAGAGACCAACGGUAUCUAAUUUAUAUUUUAUGGAGUUCAAGCGAGGAGCAACCCACUAACCAUGCUGCACUCAUAAGCUUUUGGUACCGUCUUUUUUUGCAGAGGAAAGUCUGCCGCUCACUUUCCUUUUUCCAGCGGAGGCAAGAUUCGUAUUUUAUUUAUUUUUUUGGCAGCCUUCCUUCUGCCUCUCUCUUUCCUUUCCCCCGACCGGCUCGCUCCCGUCGCCAACCAACUGACUGGAAGAAAGAAGCAUCUUUGUUUUUACGGAGUAUAUACUUGCCUGCUCGAUCAGCACCAUGAAUUCGGAUAUAAAUGUGUACCUCGGCCGGGAUAAAACGGGCAUCAUGCGGAAGAGAGCCCUGCUUCUCCGGAAAGGGUGUAGUUUUGAGAUUAGUUCGAGCUCUGCCUCGGAGGACUUGGGCUGCAGGCGUGGAGACUUCAGCCGAAAACACUAUGGCUCUGUCGAGCUGCUGAUCUCCAGUGAUGCAGAUGGAGCCAUACAGAGAGCGGGCCGCUUUCGAGUGGAGAAUGGCUCAUCAGAUGAGCCAAUGGACUACACCCCGGGAAUCUGGAGAAGAACCGAUGUCCAUUUGGAGAACCCAGAAUACCACACCAGAUGGUUCUUCAAAUACUUCCUGGGAAAAGUCCACCAGAAUUAUAUUGGUACGGAUGCAGAGAAGAACCCCUUCUACCUGUCUGUGGUUCUGUCUGACCAGAACAACCAACGGGUCCCUCAGUAUAGAGCCAUCCUCUGGAGGAAGACAGGAACUCUGAAGAUCAGUCUGCCAUACAGCCCCACUAAAACACUAUCAGUCAAGUCCAUCUUAAGUGCGAUGAACCUGGACAGGUUUGAGAAGGGCCCGAGGGAGAUUCUCAACCCAGAGAUACAGAAGGACCUACUGGUGUUGGAGGAGCAAGAGGGUUCUGUUAACUUCAAGUUCGGUGUCCUGUAUGCCAAAGAUGGACAGCUCACAGAUGAUGAGAUGUUUAGCAACGAAACAGGAAGUGAGAGCUUUGAUAAGUUCAUCAACCUGCUAGGGGACACAAUCUCUCUGCAGGGCUGGGCGGGUUACCGCGGUGGACUGGAUACCAAAAAUGACACUACAGGAAUGAACUCCAUCUACACAGUGUACCAGGGCCAUGAGCUGAUGUUCCACGUCUCCACCAUGCUACCCUAUUCCAAAGAGAACAAGCAGCAGGUGGAGAGGAAAAGACACAUUGGGAAUGACAUUGUCACCAUAGUGUUCCAGUUCCAGGAGGGGGAGGACACAUCUCCGUCAUUUAAACCCUCCAUGAUCAGAUCACAUUUCACACAUAUCUUUGCAUUAGUUAGAUACAACAGUCAAAACGACAGUUACAGAUUGAAGAUUUUCUCUGAGGAGAGUGUGCCACUGUUCGGACCGCCCCUUCCCUCACCACCAGUGUUUACAGACCACCAAGAAUUCAGGGACUUUUUGUUAGUCAAGCUAAUCAAUGGAGAAAAGGCCACCCUGGAGACGCCCACGUUUGCCCAGAAGCGCCAGCGGACUCUGGACAUGCUGAUCCGUUCCCUCUACCAGGACCUCAUCCCUGACCUCCACAAGGUUCCCUUCUCUCCCCAGAACAUGCUCAACAGACGCUCGUUCAGUGACGUGCUUCCAGAGUCGCCCAAGUCCGCCCGCAAGAAGGAGGAGGCACGACAGGCCGAGUUCGUCAGGAUAGGACAGGCACUAAAGCUCAAGACCAUCGUCAGAGGAGAUGCCCCCACCAGUCUGGUCACUACGGGCCUGUGUAGAAAAGAGCCUUGGGAGUCCCAGUCGUUCUGCAGUACGUUUUCCUAUGAGACAGUGUGUGCUGACUCCUGGGGUCAGUCUCUGUUGGUCGCCACGGAAGCAGCAGGGGUCAUGAUGAUAGAUGCUGUUGAUCCACUUCUUUCAAACCCAGACGCCCAGGUCCUGCCCCCAGUGCAGGUGUUUGAUAAGACCAUGGUGGUGAAGCAGAUGCAUGUUCUAGAGCCUCAGGAUCUCCUCAUCACCAGGACUGACAAAGGGAAGGAUGCGCGUCUCUAUGUGUUCAGACUAAACAUGCUCAAGAGAGGCCUGGAGGAGAGGCAGCUGGUUCGCACCAAGUGUGACAGCCGAGAAAACAAACUGGAGAAGACCAAAGGGUGUCACCUGUACUCUAUCAACACCCACCACGGGUCAGAGUUGAGGAUCGUGGCAGCCAUCAGAAACAAGCUCCUCCUCAUCACCAGGAAACAGCCCCGCCCCGAUGGCAUGGGCACCCUCGCCGCCACAACCGACUCGCCCGUGGACCAGUUCCAAUACAUACGGGAAAUCUGUCUGUGUGAAACUCCGGUGGUGAUGGCUUUGGUGGAUGGUCCUACAGGGGAGAAUGACAACAUGAUCUGUGUGGCCUACAAACACCAGUUUGACCUGAUCAACGAGAGCACAGGGGACGCAUACAGGCUACACCACGUAGACGCCAACCGAGUCAACUUUGUGGCAGCCAUCGAUGUGUACGAGGAUGGGGAGGCUGGUCUUUUGUUGUGUUACAAUUAUAUCUGCUCCUAUAAGAAGGUGUGUCCGUUCAACGGCUCCACCCCCAUGAUCCAGUCCAACGCGUCUGACUUCCACUUCAGCUGGAACCAGAUGCCCAAUGCCAUCGUGUGUGCGUUCCCCUACAUCCUGGCUUUUACCACUGACUCCAUUGAGAUCCGGCUGGUUGUCAACGGUAACCUGGUCUAUACAGCUGUGGUACCAGAGCUGCAGCUGACUGCCUCGAGGUCGGAUAUCUACUUUGUGUCGUCCGCUCCGGUCAACUCGGCUUCCAACUGCAGCUCCCGGGACACCAGUUCCCAGAGUUCGCCACAGACGCCCACAGGCUACGAAAUGCCUGUGUUCCCCUCACCGCUCGGAGACGAUUCUAUACGGAUCCCCUAUGGUACCAAGCUUUCCCUGUACAUGUCUAAGGAUGCCGAAGGUGAGGCACAGUGUAAGCAUAUCUUCAAGAUCCCCCUGAGUAACCUGGUGGGCCGCAGCAUCGAGAGGCCCCUCAAGUCCCCGCUGGUCAACAAGGUGGUAACGGGCUUGACAGCACAGGUCCCUAGCAUGUGUGUGGCCCCCGCGGGGCCCCUCAUGCAGGGGGCUUCACACACCCUGUCACUGUCCCGCAUGGAGAUCAAAGAGAUUGCCAGCCGCACCCGCAAAGAGCUGCUAGGCCUAACCGAGGAGCCGGGCGGUAAGUCCGGCACUGUCAAACAGAGGAAGAUGAGCAAGAAGACCACUGAGGAAGAGCCAAAGGCACGAGCACUGACCUCCACUGGCAGUGACAGGAUGGGCUCAAAGUCUGCCAACACGGACUCAGACGUCCAACGGCACUGCUCGUUCAGCUCGGAUGAUGCGGCGCAAGAGAAAGCAGUGCUUCCAGAGGAGAGCCCGCCAUUGGCCAGCCCCUUCAAUCUCUCCACAUCCUUCGAUGAUGAUGUCCUGGACCUAAAGUGAAGACAAUCCCAUCAUGCACUUCUCCUCCUCAUCCCCCUCUCUUUUCUCCUCCUUCGGUCAUUUUGUUUUGGUUGGGUUUUUUGUUUGUUGAUUUCUUGUUUUUGUUUUGUUAUCUCCUUUGUCUGGGUCUUCAUCCUCAGACAUGGUGGGUAGGAGGAGUAAUUGUGUAAAGUGUGUGUGUGCGUGUUUCAUAAGCAGUCGGUCCCCGCAGUCAGUAUGUGUGUCUGUGUGUUGCACUGCAGCGAGUAACCCAAAGAAAACGAGGUCAUUUGAGGUGGAUUGUUCAGAGUACAGAUGUCAUUAUGCGGCGAAAGGUUUUUCUCUAUAAACGAAAACUGAAUGUAAAUCUACACACACAAGGCACAACAAAUCUACACAAGGCACAACAACAACAAAAAACGUUUUGAAACAGCACCCUCGCGAAGUGGCUACGGCUCACCUUUUAUUGUAUAAUCUGUGAUUAUUUCCAAUUACACUUUCAAAUAUAGUAUAAUAUAUGCAUAUGUAUGUGUACAUCUAUUUAUACAUUAAGAUGCAUACACAUUGACAGACAUGACUACCUUUAUAGAUAUAUUAUAAUAGACAUUUUAUUCACAUAUUUAGUAAAUGUACGAUGUUUUAUGCUCUCCAUGUCUGUCAGUCUUGUUCUAUUUCCUUCCCAACUCUGUGUGCAGGUAUACAGGACUGGACUAGAGGCAGAGUUUCCCACAAGUGCCACAUCCCCACAUCCUCCACUAAACUACAACUCCCAUCAGCCACCAGUCACCUCUCCUCUAAUUGGCUGGUCUCUGACAGUAGCAGUCAUAAUCAUGAUUCCCUCUGUAGAUAACACCCACAGUGACUCUGUGAGCUAGGUUUUAAUACGCAUAUAGUCAAACACACCCAUACCUCUAGGGCCUCUAAAAGCACCUACUGUCCUGUCUCUGGCUAUCUCUAAGAAUCCAUGGGGUCCACGUCCUCACAGAAUAUACUCUCCUAUACACAGAUCGCAACCUUCCCAGACAGUUAGUUUACUGUGGCCCAACACAGUUUAGUCAGGGGCCAAUUGGCCUGUUAGCACAUCGCCUUUACAGUGGGCCUUUAAAGUCUGUCCACUGUUGGGCCGCUAGUGGCAUCGGUUGCCCUCGGCUUAUGUGCUUUAUAGUGGUAUGCAGACUCUUACCCACCAGUUGUUCACUUGUUAGUUGGGUUGGAGAAUUGAUCAUGUGGCCAACUACUUCCAUUUAGGAGUGAUGUAAUGAGGUAACGUAGUCAGUCAUAGGCUACAUCCCAAUAGCACCCUAUUCCCUAUUUAGUGCACUAAUUUAACCAAGGCCCGUAGAGCUCUGGGUAAAAGUACAGUGCACUAUAUAGGGAAGAGGCCGCUAUUUGGGAUGCAGGCAGUGGAUGAGAGACCAGACAAAUGGUAGGUACUGUAGCCUACCUCAGAGUCCUUAUAGGAGCUAUUUGGUAGAAGGAAUUAUCUCCUCUCCAGCUGUUCACUAGGAGCAAGGCAUAACUCACCAAGUGCAAUGGAACAUUACAUGAAACACAAGAGUUAUGAUGCAUGUAGAGCGAGUCGGCUGAAACAGCACAGAGGAAGCCAUAACACUUAACCUCCUCUGGUACCAGAGAUAUAGUAACCAAGCCCAAUGAGUAAUCAAGCCCAAUGAUUAGGGUGAUAUCAGCCUAUCAGUACACAGGUCAGCGGUCAGACAUCAAUCAACCAAUCAAAUGUAUUUAUAAAGCCCUUUUUACAUCAGCAGAUGUCAUAAAGUGCUGUACAGAAACCCAGCCUAAAACCCCAAACAGCAAGCAAUGCAGAUAGAGAAGCACGAUGGCUAGGAAAAACUCCAACAAGUCAGUACCUCAGGAGUAAAUGUCAGUUGGCUUUUCAUAGCCGAGCAUUCGGAGGUCGAGAAUGUAGGUGCAGUAAAGAGAGAGAGAGUCGAAAACAACAGGUCCGGGACAAGGUAGCAUGUCGAAGAUCUCCACCGCAGGAGCCCGAGGGGGUACAAAACCGGACAGGAAGAUCACGUCUGUGACUCGACCCACUCAAGUGACUCAUAUCUAGAGAACCAUGGGAAAUGUAGGGUCAACACUAUGUAGCGUACUUGAGGUAGUCUCACGGUCUCGUGAUGAGGUAGCCCUGCCUGCGACUUCAAAAUCAAUGUCACUCUCGGCCCUAGAGGGAAUUUCCUAUUGGGGUAACGGGCUAAUGUUUAGGACGUUGCUUUCUCCCAUGGAAGACCAGGUUCAGAUCCCACCCUGACAUACCGGAGGAUAUUGUCUUGGCAGUGUCUUAUGCUGCAUCAUCCUGAGUAGUGUUAGGGAUGAAACAUUGGCUAAAGUACCAUUUUGGCUAUGUUGUUAUUACUACUCUACAGGUCAAGGUGAUAUUGCUGAGAAGUACACGUAUUAGGGAAAGUUAUUGGCUAAAGCAUGUGCAUCCGUUCGGCUACGUAGAGAGCCCUCUGGGUGGUCGGCUUGCGACAUGGCACCCCUCUUCUGAUCUUGCAUGAGCCCCCCGCUACCUUUUUAUCUCUCUCCCUCUCUCAUUCUCUUCUGUUACUCUCUGCAAUUGCCUGUCUCAAUGUGGCCUCCUUCAACACUAUUACUCAAAACUGGAGGGAUGAAAAAAGGGAAUAAAUAGGAGUACUAUUAUUGCAAUGGAAUUGUACUUAUUUAUUAUGCUGGUUCUUACCAUGAGUGUAGGUGAAUGGGGGUGGGAUGUCUGGUGGUUUGAAGGUUUCUAAUACAGCUUCUAUCCCUUUGUUCGUUCUCCCUGUUUCUCUCCUUUGUUUUCUUUGGCCCUGUUACGUUCACACCGCCCCGACUCCUUGAUGUUUUCACAGUGGUUUUUGUAUCUAAAUCAAUAUUUACUGUUUAGGCUGUUGCUCAACCUCUCUGUGAUAUGAAAACGGAAGAGAGAAAAAACAAACACCAAGUGUCUUAAAAAUAAUGUAUCGCCAUCGUUUUUAAUGCCAAGUACUACUUGUAAAUGUGUGUGUUUCAAAUGUGGCCUCAAAUGAAACUGAACUAUUAUUAUUAUUAAUAUUAUUAUUUGAAAAAUUGUUUCAAUUAUUUGAACAAGUGCUGUAGACCACUGCUGUGAAAGUAGUAAAUUCUGCUCAUUGAUAUGUAAUAAAUAGUUAUGAAAUUUGAAAACAUUUUGUUUGUAGUCUUCCUAAUAAUGGAAUUGUUAUUUUUGGCACUGUAAUAUAAAAAAUACCUGGAAACCUGAUAUGUACCACACUCUGUAAGGAUCUACCUGCUUCAACAUUGUAGCUGUUUCCUGGAGUCAAAUGGCCAAAUGACCCCUUUAGUGGCCUCAUGGGUGGAAUGUUAAUAUUUUUCCAAAUUAAUAUAAACUUGCAGAGAAUCUGGUGUUUCUAUGUCAAAUGGUUUGUUAUAUUUCAGUCUUCUGUGAUUUAUAUAAAGUGUAAUAUUGGGAUGAAACUCUGA